AUGGAACAACUGGGAGCAACUAUACCACCCACCGGAACUUACGGCGACAAAUAUACCGACCAAGUGGUGCUUGUAACUGGGGGAGGGAAUGGGAUAGGACAUGAUACUGCCACUCUCUUUGCUGACCAAGGAGGGAAUGUGGUUCUUGUAGACCUUGACGAACAGCGGCUCAGAAAGGUUGAGGCAAGCUUCACAUCCGAAGGGAAGAACGUACCUACAGAGUCGCCAAUCCGGCAUCAGAAGAGCAAGUCAGGUCAGUGA